ACACCAACUCCUGCAACAAGGUGAUGUUGGUAUUUCCCAUAUCCUCUGCUCCCGCGUCCGGUUUGGUUCCUACUCCCCUCCCCGUGUCCGGAGGUAGUCUCCGCCGCGGCUGAGCUUCUUCUCUCGCUCUGAAUUGAGUUCUAAGACUCGGCGCUUCAAACGAACGGAGGAAUAUCGUUCUGUCUGCAAUUCGUUUGGCUUUCAUCUUUUUCGCAAAUUGGAAACGAUGGAAUCGGGGUUUGAUAUCAAUAAGCUGUUUCGAGAAGCCCAAACUAGGUGGUUGAAGCCAGCAGAAGUGCACUUUAUACUACAGAAUCAUGAAAAAUACCAGAUCAUUCAUGAGCCUCCUCAAAAGCCUUCAAGUGGAUCUGUGUUGCUUUUUAACAAGAGGGUCAACCGAUUCUUCCGUAAAGAUGGUCAUAGUUGGCGUAAAAAGAAAGAUGGGAGAACUGUUGGGGAAGCACAUGAAAGGCUUAAGGUUGGAAAUGUCGAAACUUUAAAUUGUUACUAUGCUCAUGGAGAGCAUAACCCAAAUUUUCAGAGACGUAGCUAUUGGAUGCUGGAUCCGGCACACGAUCAUAUUGUUCUCGUUCAUUAUAGAGAGAUAAAUGAGGGAAAGCCCAGUCCUGGAUCCAUGGAAAAAUCACCAGGAUUAUCUUCUGUUUUUAGUCCAAGUCCAAAGCCUUAUACUUCUCAAAAUUCAGGAUCUAACUAUCAAACCAGUGAUGUACAUGAACCAUCUCAAAAUUUUUUGAGUCCAGGGUAUGUAGAGGUUAGCUCUGAUUUAGGUCUCAAGAAUCGUGGUGUAGAUAGCCCAGAGAAGCAUACCAGCUCAGCUGACCUUGAUGUUAGUCAAGCUUUACGAAGGAUUGAGGAGCAGUUAAGCUUGGAUGAGGACAAUACCAAAGAUAUUGGUCCAUUCUACAUCGAGGAUGGGGAUGCAAAUGAUUUAGAUAUUCUGGAAUAUGGAAAGGAGAUUCCCAAGCAGCAACCACUGCAUGGACCAGAUUAUACUCUGCAAGGUCAAAUUUAUACCGGAUAUACUGGGCUGGAAAACUACCCAAAUAAUUUUGUGCUACCUUCAGAUAGAGGUGAAACUGAAGAACAUUAUCAAAGAGAUAGAAAUGAUUAUGCAGAUGGAAGUGAGGAUACCCUAUACUGGAAGAAUGUCUUAGAGUCAUGUGAGAUUUCAUUAGAUGUUGAGUCCCAGGAAAAUUUACAAUCCUUUCCAAGGAGGAAAGCAUUAGAGCAACUGGAGUUGUUUUAUUGGUCAAAUUUUAAAGGAUCCAACGAUUUUAUGCUACCUCAUGAAGUUGAGAAUGUUGAAACUGCUGCACAUUCUUCUGUAAUGGAAGCUCUGGAAACCAACUCUAUUUACUGUAGAAUGCUUUUCAACCAAGGCCAAAUAGGAACUCCCCUUGCAACUGAUUCAAAUAUAACUAUUGCAGAAAAGCAGAAAUUCACAAUUCGGGAAAUAUCCCCAGACUGGGGUUACUCCACUGAGGCUACAAAGGUCAUUAUUGUUGGAUCUUUUUUAUGUGAUCCAUCAGAAUCAGUGUGGACAUGCAUGUUUGGGGAGACAGAAGUUCCUCUUGAGAUUCUUCAGGAAGGUGUCAUCCGUUGUGAAGCUCCUCCCCACCAUCCUGGGAAGGUCAAUCUGUGCAUCACUUGUGGCAAUCGUGAGUCUUGUAGUGAAGUGCGGGAGUUUGAAUAUCGAGUUAAAACUAGUAGCUCUUCUCAGUAUAAUCUAUACUCCACAGAAGCUAAGAGUACAGAAGAGCUACUGUUAAUGGUUAGAUUUGUGCAAAUGCUUCUUUCGGAUUCACCAUCUGAGCAAGGAUGCGGCACAGAAUCAGGAAUGCAUCUUCUGAGGAAGUUGAAAGGUGAUGAUGAUUCAUGGAAUGAUGUUAUAGAGGCUCUUUUAGCUGGCAAUGGGACUUCUGGCAAUGGGACUUCAUCUGGUAUAAUUGAUUGGCUUCUGCAAGAGCUUCAAAAGGACAAGCUGCAACAAUGGCUAUCCUCUAGAUCCAAGGAAGCAUGUAACCAGUCAGGCUGCUCCUUGUCCAAGAAAGAACAAGGAAUUAUACAUAUGGUUGCUGGCUUGGGAUUUGAAUGGGCAUUAAAUCCAAUUCUAAGUCAUGGAGUCAGUAUAAAUUUCCGUGACAUUAAUGGAUGGACUGCUCUUCACUGGGCUGCAUGUUUUGGAAGGGAAAAAAUGGUAGCUGCCCUUAUAGCUUCUGGUGCUUCAGCUGGAGCAGUGACAGAUCCCAGCUCACAAGAUCCAACUGGCAAAACUGCUGCAUCCAUUGCUGCCUCCAAUGGGCACAAGGGACUUGCUGGUUAUCUCUCAGAGUUGGCAUUAACUAGCCAUCUUUCUUCCCUUACACUGGAAGAAAGUGAGCUUUCCAAAGGCUCAGCUGAGGUUAUGGCAGAAAUGACAGUGAAUAGCAUCUCCAAGGUAAACACUGCAACCAGUGAGGACAAACAUUCACUUAAAGAUAUCUUAGCUGCAGUCAGGAAUGCAGCUUUGGCUGCUGCACGAAUACACAACGCUUUUCGUGCACUUUCCUUCGAAAAACGAAGACAGAGAGAAGUUGCCGCCGCUGCUGCAGCUGGUGUGGAUGAGUAUGGUCUCCAUUCAGAUGAGAUUCAAAGGCUUUCUGCCAUGUCAAAGCUAACCUUUGGAAAUGCUCGUGAUUACAAUUCAGCUGCUUUAUCUAUUCAGAAAAAAUAUCGAGGUUGGAAAGGUCGUAAAAAUUUUCUAGCCCUUCGCCGGAAAGUUGUGAAGAUACAGGCUCAUGUAAGAGGUUACCAGGUCAGAAAACACUACAAGGUUGUUUGUAGGGCUGUUAGUACUCUAGAAAAGAUCAUACUGCGUUGGCGAAGGAAAGGAGUUGGUUUGCGAGGUUUUCAUCCUGAGACAGAACCAAAUGAUUCAAGUGAAGAUGAGGACUUUCUCAAAGUAUUUCGUAAACAGAAUGUGUAUAAAGCUAUUGAUGGAGCUCUUUCACGUGUGCUGAACAUGGUUGAGUCUCCUGAGGCACGUGAGCAAUAUCGUCGGAUGCUUGAAAAGUAUCUCCAAGCUAAGGCGAAACUUGGUGACACAAGUGAACCAGCAGCGUCAAUUUCUGUAGAAGAUAUUUCUGACGUGGAGGCUGACGAUUUCUUCUAAUUUUCCAUGGAAGCUCCAGUAAUCAACCUGGCUGAUCUUCACCUUGCUCAGUCGAUUCUUGCUAUAUAUAUAUAUAUAUAUAUAUAUUUCUGUUUUUCGGCAAUACUAGCUUGAUAAUUAGAUUAGGAUAGUAUAUGAUGGCUUGCAUUUCCUGGCAAUGUUUGUAAAUAUUUUAAUUUGUGCAUUUCCCUUACAGUAUUUCUGUAAAUGCUUCUUGUAGUUUUAACUAUUUGCUGUAAUUGGUUUCUCAUGGGGUUGAAUGAGCUUCA